CUCCGCUUGCGCUUCUCAUAAAUGUGUGUGCGUACGCAGUCUGUUUGCGAGGCAGUUGCGUGCGAAGAGCUCCACAUGUCAUUCAGAGGAAUCCGCCACCUGAAACACGAGGAAGUGAAAGCGACUCAAUCGGGUAUAAAGCAUCAACAACCACAUCUGCCUCGAGCAUUGCAAAGUGAUGAACACAUCAGUUCAGACGUCUGGUAGACGUUUGUUGUAUUUUCCCGAGGAAUUAUUACCAUUGUCUACUGAGGAAGUACCUUAUCAUCUAAAACAUACCCGUUCAAUUUGAAUGACCCAUCUAACAUUAUACUGGAAUUAAGUAAUAUUGACAGACCUUGCGCACCUGUUCCCUUUACGGAGCGCAGCACAAUGAUUCCACCAGGAGACUGCAUGUACGCGGGCAGGAAGAGAAGGAAACCCGUUCAAAAACAGAAACCAGCAACUGUGAGUGAGAAGUCCAACCCAUCCAAGAGGCACCGGGACCGCCUGAACGCGGAGCUGGACCGGCUGGCCAGCAUGCUACCUUUUUCCCCAGACAUCAUCUCCAAGCUAGAUAAACUGUCCGUGCUGCGCCUCAGUGUCAGCUACCUCCGGGUCAAGAGUUUCUUCACAGUUAAUCACGAGAAGCCGUCCAGCAGAAAGCACAUCAGUCCAUCCACCAACUCUGUCGCCGAGCCCAGGAAAGACAGCCUGCCUAAGGCUAUGGGCAACAGCAUCACAGAGAGCGGACUCCUUCUGGAGUCCCUUACUGGCUUUGCGUUGGUGGUGAGCAGUGAUGGAAUGGUUUUCUUUUCCUCCUCAAACAUCGUUGACUAUUUGGGCUUCCAUCAGGUAUUUCUGCUGGCAUUUACAACAGUUGUCGAGCAGUGGCAGGACAACGACCCAAAGCACAGCUCCAAACUACGCAAGAACUAUUUAGGGAAGAAGCAGUCCGCUGGUAUUCUGUCUAUAAUGGAGUGGCCAGCACAGUCACCAGAUCUCAAUCCUAUGGAGCUGUUGUGGGAGCAGCUUGACCAUAUGACGGAUGUGAUGCACCAAAACGUCUUUGAUUAUGUCCAUGUGGACGACCGGCAAGAGUUCAGAAGACAGCUCCACUGGGCCAUGAACCCCAGCCAGCACCACUUAGUCUCAGGAACUGAUGAAGACUUGGUGGCGAGCAACCUGUUUCAUUCUCAGGAGACGGGGGGAGUCUCUCCUGAGUUCUCCUCCUUUCUCAACCGGUGUUUCAUGUCUCGCGUGCGCUGCCUGCUGGACAGCACCUCUGGCUUCCUGACCAUGCAAAUCCAGGGCCGACUCAAGUUCCUCCAAGGACAGAAGAGGAAGUGGGGCUCGGGGGCCCCGCUACCCCCCCAGCUGGCCCUGUUCUGUGUGGCCGUGCCCCUUCUGCUGCCCUCCAUCACUGAGAUGAAGAUGAACAACAUGAUGAUGAGGGGCAAGCACAAGAGUGGAGGGGGCAUCAUCACUACACUAGAAUAUAGUGAGAGAGAGGAGCAGUUGAGGAGGCAGGCUGGCAGUGCGGGGGGGGUAGUCGAUGGCGGGGACCCGCUCCUCCUCAACUGCACCAAACUUGGUGGUCCCCAACAUCGCCGCCACGCCCCCUGGACGCCCCUCUCCAAAGACAGCCUCAAGUACAAGACAGAGGGGGGCUAUUGUGGACAGGACGAGCCCCUCAACUACUGCAAAACCUCCAUGGGCGGCAUUCCCCACCACAAAGGCCCAGGCCUGGACUCCCUGUGGCCCAUGCGGCCUGCCUCGGGGCCCAUCCGGGGGGGGCAAAGUGGCGGCUACACCCCCUCUAAUCGACUCGGGAAGGGUGGGCACUAUGGCAAGCCCUACCGCAUGUCCCCCAGCAUGUGCCACGGAGGAGGGCGAGGUGGUGAAAUCUACGUGCCCAGGAUGUACGAGAGCCUCCAGAGCCCUGGCGGCUUCGACCUGUACUGCGUGGGAGAGGAGGUGAAGAGCGAGUGCUAUGGCAACCUCCUGUUGCCUGAGAUGCCCAUCAAGGUGGAGCAGGACUCGGAUUCGGAGAACGGCUGCGACACGUAUGGCCGUCCGUGGACCUGCCGGGAGCCCUUGGACCAUCACUACGGCAACAGCUACGUCGACAACAACGGCCUCCAUAUGAAGUCGGAGGCGGACUACUACGAACAGUACUCGUCGUGCCAGAGGGGAAAGGCGGGCAUCAGCCCCGUCAGCCCGCCCUACAACAACGGCCACUUCCAGAACUAUAAUAACAUGGGGGGCGGUGGCAGCAGGCCCUUGAAGAGUGUGGUCAAUAAGGACCUGUCCCAGUUCAGUCCCCAGAGGUUGUCCCACCCAGACCCCCUGUGUAGCAGCCAGAGCAUCAACUGCAUCGACGUGUACUCAAGCGGCCCCAUGGAGCACAGCAACAAGGGUUACGUGCAGCAGCAGCAGCAGGACAAGUUGAGCUACGAGUUCAAAGGUCACGGACCGCGCCAGACCAUCAAGCAGGAGCCCAUGGACUCAUCCCAGUGGU